GAAGGGGACCCGGAGCGGGACGAGGGCGGGGAAAAGCUCCCCGAGCAGCUGCCUCCCACAGGGAUCCUGCGAGGAGCCUUCCUGGAACUGGGCACUGGGCUGUUCUGACGUGGCGAUGCCCUGGAGAGCUCCGGGAGUUUGAAGACAGAUGGGAGAAGCCCGCCGAGAGCAUCAAAGGCUGAGGGGUGCUGUAAAACGACCAAGGGAGUUCUUUGAAAAGAACCUCUCAUGCAUCGAAAUGCCUUCUGGAGAAGGUGCCAUUAUCAGCCUCCCCUUUUGCCCAGAUGAAAGGAGCCCGCAAGGACGGUCCUGAAGUAUAUCCCUCGGGGGACUUGUGGUCUUUGUUCCUCUUGCCCCCAGCUCAUGCCUACUUGCUGACCUUUCCAGGGGAACCUCAGUUCCCCCCAACUCCAGCUGAGAAGCCAGUUCUCAAUUAAAAAAAUAAAAUUAAGCAAUCCUGCUGUCUGAAUGGGAGGUGCAUCUUGCUUGCUAUGGUUCUUUUUGCUGUGACAUUUUGGAAUAUCUGCAGAAACUUUAAAAAGAAACAGCCUCCAGAACUCUCGGGAUUAGUCAAGAGAAAAGGAAACUAUUAUUAUUAUUUUGGGGGGCCAAAAAAGAAGUAAAUGAAAGGGGGUAACAUCCCCCAUCCAGGACCUGGCUGAUCAAAUCUUCAAGUUCUAGGAAACAGCAUUUCAAACCUAACAAACAUGAGGCGGAGAGUCUGUGGGGUCCUGAGAUUGCCCAGAGGCAGGUUUUAAAGGAAGCCUGAACCCCGUUCAGAACUUUGGGCCUGUAUGAUGCCUGAAGACCGAAAUACUGGGGAGCGCCCCUCGGGUGCCUUGGCGUCUACUCCUUUCCUUCCUAAAACUACUUACCGAAGAAUCAAACGAUGUUUUAGUUUUCGGAAAGGCAUUUUUGGACAGAAACUGGAAGAUACUGUUCGCUAUGAGAAGAGGUAUGGGAACCGCCUGGCUCCGAUGUUGGUGGAGCAAUGUGUGGACUUCAUCCGACAAAGGGGGCUGAAGGAGGAGGGCCUCUUCCGACUGCCAGGCCAGGCUAACCUGGUCAAGGAACUGCAGGAUGCUUUUGACUGCGGAGAGAAGCCGUCAUUUGACAGCAACACGGAUGUACACACAGUGGCAUCACUUCUUAAACUGUAUCUCCGAGAGCUCCCAGAACCUGUUAUUCCUUAUGCCAAGUAUGAAGACUUUUUGUCUUGUGCCAAACUGCUCAGCAAAGAAGAGGAAGCUGGUGUUAAAGAAUUAGCAAAGCAGGUGAAGAGUUUGCCAGUGGUCAAUUACAACCUUCUCAAGUAUAUUUGCAGGUUCUUGGAUGAAGUACAGUCCUAUUCAGGAAUUAACAAAAUGAGUGUGCAGAACUUGGCCACUGUCUUUGGCCCUAAUAUCCUACGUCCCAAAGUGGAAGAUCCCUUGACCAUUAUGGAGGGCACUGUGGUGGUCCAACAACUGAUGUCAGUAAUGAUUGGCAAACAUGAUCGCCUCUUCCCCAAAGAUGCAGAGCUGCAAAGCAAGCCCCAGGAUGGAGUGAGCAACAACAACAAUGACCUUCAGAAGAAAGCCCUCAUGGGGCAGCUACAGAACAAGGAGAACAAUAAUACCAAGGACAGUCCCGUAAGGCGGUGCUCUUGGGACAAGCCUGAGUCUCCCCAAAGAAGCAGCAUGGAUAAUGGAUCCCCCACAGCUCUGCCAGGCAGCAAAACCAACAGCCCCAGGAAUAGCAUCCACAAGCUGGAUGUCUCCAGAAGCCCCCCUCUCAUGGUCAAAAAGAAUCCCGCCUUCAACAAGGGCAGUGGGAUUGUCACCAACGGGUCCUUCAGCAGUAGUAAUGCUGAAGCACUCGAGAAAGCCCAGACCACUCCCAAUGGGAGCUUACAGGCCAGAAGGACCUCUUCCCUGAAGGGGUCUGGUACCAAAAUGGGCACCCACAGCGUGCAGAACGGAACCGUGCGCAUGGGCAUCGUGAACUCUGACACCCUGGGGAACGCCGGGAAUGGCCGCAGCAUGAGCUGGCUGCCCAAUGGCUACGUGACCCUGAGGGAGAAUAAGCAGAAAGAGCAAGCCGGAGAGUCGGGCCAGCACCACAGGCUCUCCACCUACGAUAACGUCCACCAGCAGUUCUCCGCCAUGAGCCUCGACGACAAGCAGAGCGUCGACAGCGCCACCUGGUCCACUUCCUCCUGCGAGAUCUCCUUGCCCGAGAACUCCACCUCCUGCCGCUCCUCCACCACCACCUGCCCGGAGCAAGACUUUUACGGUGGGAACUUUGAGGACCCCGUGUUGGAUGGGCCCCCGCAGGACGACCUCUCCCAUCCCGGGGACUAUGAAAACAAAAGCGACCGGAGGAGUGUGGGCGGCCGCAGCAGUCGGGCCACCAGCAGCAGCGACAACAGUGAGACCUUCGUUAGCAACACCACCAGCAACCACAGCGCCCUGCAUAGCUUAGUGUCCAGCCUCAAACAGGAAAUGACCAAACAGAAGAUAGAGUAUGAGUCCAGGAUAAAGAGCUUAGAACAGCGAAACUUGACUUUGGAAACAGAAAUGAUGAGCCUCCACGAUGAACUGGAUCAAGAAAGGAAAAAGUUCACAAUGAUAGAAAUCAAAAUGCGAAAUGCUGAACGGGCAAAAGAAGAUGCAGAGAAAAGAAAUGACAUGCUUCAGAAAGAGAUGGAGCAGUUUUUUUCCACGUUUGGGGAGCUGACAGUGGAACCCAGGAGAACCGAGAGAGGAAACACGAUAUGGAUCCAGUGAGGGGACUCUCCCCCGCUGUCUCGAGUGGCCCUGGGAAGGACUCUGGGGAUUCUGGUGGGAAGAUUAUAUGGGACCAGGUGGCUGGUCACCUGGAUGUACAGAGCUCUAGCUGGGGAAGGCAUAUCAUUUAUAGACAUUACCCACCCAUAUCUGCAAUGUGUACCAAAGUUGUAUCAUGUCCCAUAAUGCUACUGUUAAGUGUUACAACUGGAUAUGUGUAUAUAGAGUAGUUUUUAAAAAGUAAACUAAAAACAAGAAGCAUAUCUCAAGAAUUAUUUUAUUGCCAGUCUUGUAUUUAAAAUGUUAAAUCAGUAUGUCAUUGCAAUUUAGCUUGCUUUCAAGCUUCACCCCUUGCACUUAACAUAAGCUAUUUUUGGCAUUGUGUUAUCAUCAGCUUAUUUUAUAGAUCAAUAUUUUUAUUUCCCCUUUUGCUGAGGAAAUGAAGAUAAGCAGAUAUAUAAAUAUAUAAAAUAUAUGAGAUGAGUUAUUAAAAUCGAAAGAAUACUUUGUGGCCGUGCUGUUUGUGCCAAUAGACCUUGCCGUGACCAAAAAGAGAAAUGUCAAUAAUUUUAUAAAAUACAAUGGAAUCCCCAGGAAACUUUGAAUCACUCUAUGAAUUCUGCCCUUGAUACUGCUCAGUUUUCUUGGGGAGAUGGUUUGACAUAAGAAAUUUUAGAUUAUGUAAAAAAGUCUCCUUCUCAAGUCCCCUGGUCUGUCUUGCCCAUGCCAUAGAUGCAUGUCUCCUAUGCAGGAUGCACUUUAGAGAGGGAAAACAUCAUUUUUAAAAAAGAGCAUUUAAGUAGUCAUGCUUUGCAUUACUCUUUCUGCUGGAUGAUUAUGAGAGAAAAUUCUUCCUGCCAUUGGGAAUUUGAGAAACAUUGUUUGCUAAUUAUGGUGUCCAUGUUGAGCACCUGUCCUCAACUCCACCCCCACCCCCAUACCAACCUCCCCCUGCCCUGAACUGCCCUUUGGAAAUGCAAACAGUGAAAUAGUAUUACCCUAUCUCUCUCAGUUAAACUGCUGGAGUGCGUGCCUUAUAUUCUUCUUUUGCUCAGGCUGACUGUUCUGUUGUCAUCUAGGAUCCUUUCUGAACAACAGCUAGCAAAGGUAGUUUGAAGCCAGAGGGAGGUGAUGGAGGGAAAAGGGACCAGAAGAAGGAGGAGACAGGUUGGAAGAAGCUAUCUGGCUUCUAAUUUGUUUUUUUACAAUCUUGUCCUUCCCUAUUAAAACAUAUUUGUUCACAAUAAUUUUGAAAUGUGAAUCUUUAAAAGUCUAAUGUUGAUAAAUUUGUGAACAUUACUAAUUAUAACUUUCCAGACUCUCUAGAACUCUCUGGAGCUGGAGAUUGGAGAGAACAAUUCCUAACAAUUUAAUAAGGCAAUGAUUUUGAGAAGCAAAGCAAAUAAAACUUUCUCAGACUAGAACAGAGUCACAAAAGGCAUAAUUAGAAAUAAAUACUACUUGAGUUUAUGGGAUUUGCAUUGUUUGGAGGUUCUCUGUUUGUGUGUAUUUAUUUUCAAGGGGACAGUAAACUUGACAACCUCUGUU